AUGAGUGACAAAUAUCUCGACGAUUACCUGUCAGUGGUCGCGAUUGACGUUGCCGUGGAAGAGAAGACGAGAAUCGCCAGAAUGGCUGUUGCGACAUUGUACAAGCUGCAUAACGGGAUGCGGCAGAUGAAAGAUUGGCGGAACGAUAGCGCGAAACUGAAGAGCAAUAUCUGGCGGAUGAAAAUGGCUUUGCGUGCGGAUGACAAGAAUGGGAACGAUAACCAGCAGAUCGACCCUUUGAUCGUGCAUCAGAGGACGGAGAUUAGCCAAUUGGAGCAGGCAAACGAUGCUUUGGAGAAUGAAGUAACGAAUCUAAAAUGCGCUUUAAUUAAAGCCGAGGAGGAUAUCGCGCGUAUCACCGUCUCUGAAGUAGGCGAUAAGAUCGCCACGCUUGAGAAUAAAUUUUCAAGUGAAAGAGAACGCAUGAACAACGAGAUUUUGUGUCUGAAGAAGCGACUGAAAGAGGCUGAAGAGAAUGACACGAGCGUCAUGCUGAAACAACUUAGGGAUGAGAUAAACGAGUUCACGAGAGGUGAUCGAACGAUAGAAAUAAUCUUUGCUACCAUGAUCGGCAAGACCGUUGAGAUGAUUAUCGGUUUGUCGGAGGAGCUCGUGAACGUUAGCGAGAAUUUGUAUAGAUUUAAGACCAGAAAUAGGAACUUGCGUCUCAAGCUGGACAGAUCGAGGGCCAUGCUGCGAUCGAGAUGUGGUAAUAGCGCGGAAUAUCGGAAGAGAAUCGGCGAAUUGAACAAUCUUGCCGAACAAUUGAUAGGAGAGAUGGGCCGGCUGAAAGUUAUUCGUGAGAAUGCAAACUAUAGCGAAAGUUCGGACGCUACGGAUAUCCCAGACGUUGUUAGACACGUCGAACGUUUGAUGAACGACUUGAGGAACAAUUUAAAAAGCGAUCGUGAAGCGAUGAUCGCCGCCGGCGAUCCCGACUGUUUGAAAUACAUGAAGAAAGUAGUUAAUCUAAAAGUAAACUUAAAAGUGCUGUCUGUGGAGCUUAGACGAUCAAACGUGCCGAUAGAUAAACGGUUAUGCGAGAACCUCCAAUACGAGAAAUGCUUGAAAACAGCUUCGUCGUUGAAUGAUUUUCUACAAGAAAUCGACAGUGAGAUUGAAAAAUUGAAAAUAAAACCGAUGGACAAAUAUUGCAAAAUCGGUGGCAUCAGCAGCUCGCGAUACAUGACCAAAGUUACGGAACUCGAAGAUAUCGUUAGAAAAUCAAUUGCAGUAAUCGCUAUUUUAAAACAAGCUCCACCGGAAGUUAUAAAUACCAACGAGGAAAUAACAGAGGUAUUGGAAACCUUGAUCGAGCAAUUGUGCAGUAAAAUAAAGGAACUCGAAUUUGUCGAUAACCGCGCGAAUUUACGUGAAAGAAUCGAACAGCUUGAAACUAUAAUCAUGAAUUUAAAAUCGGAAUUAUUAAAAAAGAACGAACGUAUAAAUGCGCUAAACGACGAACGUGCAAACAUCGGAUUAACGUUAGAAAAAGAUCGUGAGAAGUAUGAGAAAAUUAUCACUGACAUACGCGAGGUAAACGACACUCUCCGAGGAGAUAUAGAAAGCGGGAAACAAGAAAUAUUGGAGUUGUCGCUUAAAUACGAUCAUUCCGAGCGACGUGUCGCGGAAAUGCAACUGAUGAAGGUUGAAAUUGAUGCAGCGAGGAAAGAAUUGCAGGACCUUCAUGAUGAUAAAGAGACAUUAUUAGGGGAAACGGAAAGGUUGCGUAACGUUCUCGGGGAGAAAGACAAGGAAAUUAAGAAUAUUAUUACCCAGCAGAACGCGCUGAAAGCGGUUCUUAGAAUGGAAACAGAGGACCUGAAGACGAAACUUGGGAUCGCUUCCGAUGAAAAUGUAAAACUGAGAAGUAUAAUUGAGGGACUUGGGAAACAGAAGGAACGCGAGCGACUGGGCAAAUUGAAAAGUUCGGAGAAAGAAAGUGGUGGGGAGGAACGAAACAAUGAUGAACACCGUACACAAAACCUCAAGGAUGAAUCAGAGUACUUGAGAGCUGAGUCAGAUAAGCCUAAAAUAAGUCUGAGUAAGGUGGACAAGCAAAUCGAUUAUUUGAAAUGCGCGUCAAAUGAAGAUAUCAAUGACAAGACCGGGCCGGAGGAUAAAAUUUCUUAUUUGAUACCUAAUGAACAGUCGUUGAUGUAUCAAUUGAACGUCCCGACGAAUGCUGGCGAGGAAACAUCGGGAGAAUUCGACAGAGUGAUAGCGAAGUACAAAGCGUCGAAGAAUAAAGUCAAACAAAUCCAGAACGAGAAAGAACAACUCGAAGAGGAGUUGUUGAAGUUGAGGUCUGAGAAAGAAUUGUUAGAUAGAUCGAUGUCCGAUGUCAAUAACAAGUGCGCCGUGCUGCAGGAUCAAGUUAACAAAUUUAAGUCGGAGCGCAACGGCCUUCAGGAGAAGAUAAGCGAGCACGAAGCUACUACGGAGAAUUUAAAGUUCGAGCUGCAGAGAGCGCGGGCGGAACUCGAAGACGCGGUUGUUAAUACAGCGCGCCUGCAAUCGGAGAACUCGAAGGCCAUCGGCGAUUUGGAUAUGCUGUUUCUACGGAAUACCGAGACCGAGGAUCGUGUACGAGUGCUGUUGACAGAAAAGAACGAUUUUGCGACGCGUAUUAACGAGCUCAAUGAUGAGAACGUCGUUCUGCGAGAACAGCUGAAUAAAGCGAGAGAGGAGAAUGCAUAUUUUUCCAUGGAAUUGAAUAAAUCGAGGGUCGAAAAUGAUAAAGCGAAAGCGGAAAAUGCUCUUCUGCAGGCUACCUGCGACACGAGAGAAAAAGAUAGCGCCGAGCUGAGGAGGGAGAGAGACGGCGCGAAUGGAAGAAUAAAUGAAAUCGCUAACGAGUGCAGAGUACUCGAUAACCAACUGAAGAGCCAACAAAUGAAGUAUGAGGCGUUGCGACUAAUUGCGGCCAAGUUGCACAACGAAAAUAAUAAUCGUAAAAAUUAUUUUAAAAAAACCGAUACGCAGCAUCCCCUCGUGAUAGAUUGCGAGCGGAAAUUCACCGAUACUCAUAACAAGAUUAAACAGGAGCAAAAUAGCUCGGAUGCCGCGUGUACGAGUAUAAAGAUCGAAAUUGGCGAAUCUGAUACACACGUCGGUCGCGAUAACAAAGCAGUGAUCAAAGACGAGCCAAAGAGCGAGGUAGAGAGACCGAAAAGUGAAAAUAAUUCUUUGAAAUUAGAGCAGGCGAAUUUGAGAUCCAAAAUUUCCAAGAUUACGAUGAAACUGACGGAAGAUGGAUCGGAAAAUUCAGUAGCAUGGACAAAAGUAUCGAACGACGAAGAAAUUGUCGUUUCUAUGUUGAAGAAAUUUGAGAUCGCGAAUAUCUGGCACGAGAAAGGAAUAAGCAAUUAUUCUAAUUAUUCCAAUCAUCCGGAUAUGACCAAGGGAAGCGGCAGAACCGCGGCAUUCGAUAUCAAUCAGCUCAAAAUCGAGAACAGAGCGCUGAAGAUGAAAGCAGAUAUUUCGUGUAGUAGUCGUAACUCCUGCCUAAUGGACGGCGAGUUCGGUAAAGCGACGGACGAGAUUCAAGCUUUGAAACUCGAACUGAUGUAUCUACGGAAUGAGAAAGUGACGUUGAAGUCGCACCUCGAGAUAUUUAAGGAAGAAUUAAACGCAUUGAAAUCAGAGAGGGUGGCUUUAAAAGAUGAACUCGCCGCUUCGAGGAAGUCGAAUUUCGAUUUUAGGCUUAAAGUGAACGACUUACGAGGCGCUAACGAAAAAUUGAAAGAGAUAAAUGUGGGAUUAGAGAGUCGUCUGCAGGAUGCGAAAGGAAUGAAUAAGUGUACCAAAAUAUCGGAAGUGUCGGAUAAAAAGUCAAACAAGAAUUUUGAGAAUGCAUUAAGUGAUUACUUAAAAGAGUAUAUUUUCACGGAACGAAAUUUGCGGAUAACUAACAGGCGGAAUCGAUUCGAUCGCGUCUCUCCCAAGAAUCCUGGACUACAAUCCGUCGAAGAAAAUCUACAUCAUAUAGAGGGGCAAAAGUCCUGA